AUGCUCAGUAGCGUAUCAUCAUCAUCAUCAUCAUCAUCAUCAUCAUCAUCAUCAUCAUCAUCAUCAUCAUCAUCAUCAUCAUCAUCAUCAUCAUCAUCAUCAUCAUCAUCAUCAUCAUCAUCAUCAUCAUCAUCAUCAUCAUCAUCAUCAUCAUCAUCAUCAUCAUCAUCAUCAUCAUCAUCAUCAUCAUCAUCAUCAUCAUCAUCAUCAUCAUCAUCAUCAUCAUCAUCAUCAUCAUCAUCAUCAUCAUCAUCAUCAUCAUCAUCAUCAUCAUCAUCAUCAUCAUCAUCAUCAUCAUCAUCAUCAUCAUCAUCAUCAUCAUCAUCAUCAUCAUCAUCAUCAUCAUCAUCAUCAUCAUCAUCAUCAUCAUCAUCAUCAUCAUCAUCAUCAUCAUCAUCAUCAUCAUCAUCAUCAUCAUCAUCAUCAUCAUCAUCAUCAUCAUCAUCAUCAUCAUCAUCAUCAUCAUCAUCAUCAUCAUCAUCAUCAUCAUCAUCAUCAUCAUCAUCAUCAUCAUCAUCAUCAUCAUCAUCAUCAUCAUCAUCAUCAUCAUCAUCAUCAUCAUCAUCAUCAUCAUCAUCAUCAUCAUCAUCAUCAUCAUCAUCAUCAUCAUCAUCAUCAUCAUCAUCAUCAUCAUCAUCAUCAUCAUCAUCAUCAUCAUCAUCAUCAUCAUCAUCAUCAUCAUCAUCAUCAUCAUCAUCAUCAUCAUCAUCAUCAUCAUCAUCAUCAUCAUCAUCAUCAUCAUCAUCAUCAUCAUCAUCAUCAUCAUCAUCAUCAUCAUCAUCAUCAUCAUCAUCAUCAUCAUCAUCAUCAUCAUCAUCAUCAUCAUCAUCAUCAUCAUCAUCAUCAUCAUCAUCAUCAUCAUCAUCAUCAGGAGAAGAAACACAAUCAUUGUUUUCGCUAUCACUGUCAAUUAGCUUCAAUCAGUUCUUGCAAUGA